UCUACCAACCACAUCUAGCAGGCAGGAUGGCCGGCAAACAUGCAAAUGAUGGGCCAACAAAGCUGAGGAUUAUCCUCGUUGGAAAGACCGGCGGUGGGAAGACUUCAACCAUCAACACGUUCCUGGGUAAACCUGCUGUGAAAAAGAAGAAGCCCCUUCUCUCAGAUACAACACCGUGCAAGACGGAGACGGCACAGUUUGGAGACCAAGACCUGGUUUUAGUUGAUACUCCUGGUCUUUGCCACACCAAGUUUACAAAAGAGGAAGUGCUGAGCAAGAUCACUGCAUCCACCUUUGAGGCUGAUCAGGGUCCUCAUGUGUUCCUGUAUGUGCAAAAAUGGGAGGGAGAUAACACACAAGACGAGAAACGAGUGGAAGUCCUGAAGAAGAUGUUUGGCGACACGUCGGUGCCUUACUUUUUCCUCUUGAUGACUCAUGUAGACGGAGCUGAGGAUGAGGAUGAGAUAACAAAGUUUACUCAGAGAGUUGGUUUUAAAACAGAGAACUACUGUGUCAUUAACAACAAAGGUGAAAAAGACCAGAAAACUGAAAAACUAAAGGAGCUGGUGGACAAAAUCAAUCAGGUGGUGCAAACUAACAAGGCAGAGGGCAAAGAAUAUUACACCAAGGAAAUGUUGGAAGAACAUAAGAACAGGCUGAAACCAACAAAGCCGGUCAGUGCUGCAAACAGGGAACUGAGCUCUGUGGUGGAGGGCUUGUUAGCUCCUGUGCUGGGUGAAGAACUGACUCUGUCUGUGCUUAAAUAUAACUCCUCACUGUCGAAGGAGUUUGAUAAGUGGCUCUGACUGUAGCAGUGCAACAGCCACUUACAACAUCCAGCAGCUCACCAUGAAAAGGAUCAGGGAAAUAAAUGACAGCAGGGCGAGGGUCAUGAGACUUUAUCUUAAACUGAUGAUGUGACUUAAAGCCUUCAGACUGAGUUUGAAGAAAGAAACGACAUUAAACAUCCUUUGAUGCAUUAACUACCAUUCAGCCCUGUUUGUAAUGCAGUGCUGCCCGAAGAUCACGAGCAUCCAAACCUGAUGAAUGAUGUUGUUGCACAGAGAGUCUCUGAGUGUUGAUAUCACUGUGCUGUAGAUGAUGAUGAGGAUUAUUCUGAAAUUGUUCUCCAGUUUGUAGAUGCAGGUUUGUGCUGAUUGGUGAGCCUUUAUUUCUGACGCUGCGUCUCUUACCCUGAUCGAGAGAACCAGCGGUUUCCUCUUAGUACCUCUGAGACGUGUUGACAUCAUUAAAUACAAAAUGAGCAAAUAUCCAUAAACGUUAUUUCAUAUGUAUUCUUCAUGAGAUUUUUAAUGUUCCUCUUCUGUUUUUCUUUAUAUUUAAAUGUCUUUGGAGUUGGGUUUGUACAUGUUGGCAGUUUACUUUCAUGCUUUUGUACCGAUUAAAACCUUUUUCUUAACUAUUUCUAAACUGUGAACGUUUUUGCUCCACUGCUGCUGCAGGACGUUUUAAAUCAACAUUGUUAAAGUUUUUUCCUUAAAUGUUUUUUCUACAGUUUGUUAAAUUUGCAGAAACAAUGAUAAAAUGUCCAAAUUAAAAUAAA